AUGGGAUUAUCAGAACUCAUCAAAAGCGCAACGAACAAGAAUCCGACCAAUGCACGACUAUUGUCUCAGUUUAGCCGUCGAGCCACUAGUAUCGCCGCAGACGCUGAGCGUUCGAAUGAUACGGCCAAAAAGCAGCGAUUAGAAGUGAUCGUAGCCAAUUUGGAUCGCGAUUUUGGUGAUAUGCCUGCCAGUACUGGUAUCGGUAGUUUGGGUGUAGCACUGGCCCCUGCUCUCUAUGAGAGAAGAAAGGAAAUGAUCUUUCAGGCUGACACUGAGCUUAACGCUCUUCAGCAGAUGGAAGAGGCCGCCAAGAAAGACCAAAAAAACCUCGACAAAGAGGUGAAAGCUAUUAGAGAGAGCCUGACCCAAGCCUCUGUUCACAUCCAGAAUUUGAAUGCGGUACUCCCAACCCAAUCAAGCCUUCACCAAGACCCAGAGUAUCGCAAAGCACUCAGUUCCGUAUUUAAGGAUACUUCUAUCGAUAAUUUACGCACGAGUAUUGUCGCUUUCAAUAACAGGGUUGCGGCGUUGGAGAAGGAAAAUGUCAUCGACGAGAAGUACACCUUCACACUACGCUAUAUGCAUACUCCGGACAAAGAGGAGAAUGUGAAGAGUGAGUGCCCCAUUUGCGAAUUUUGGAACAUGUGUUCACAUAAACUAGCCAUUCCAGUCACAUAUACUUUCGGAGAAUUGAGAGACGAUUGGAUGUCUCGCGAGGGAGCUGAAGAGGAAGCUGAUAUUCCAGAUUUUUGGAUUGAACAACAAGGUUCUCAAAGAAAUCAUAUCACGAAAACAGGGCGAUUUUGGGACUUGGGGGAGGACAAUGUGACGAUAGGUGAUGCCUUCAAGGCUGCCGGAAUACACUCAAAUCAACCGCACUUCAUUGAUGUAGUUGAGAACGAGAAAGAUUACGUAGUUGCACUACUUGAGGACAACGGCGUGGAAA